UUAUUCUCGUAUUUUGUAAAAAUGUCUGGAAUGGCUAUGGUUGUGCCGACAGAGCCAUUGUAUAUGGCUCUCAACUCAGUUAAGAAACUCCGCACAAGUAUGGGAGACUUGCACAAGCUCCUUUCAAAUGGAAUACGUGCAGAGCAUGCUGAAGGAAAUGAGGCAAAGUUUGCUCAAGAAAUACAGGACCACAUAAACAGAAUUAAUAGAUUUUACAGGGACUUAGAACAGGCAACGAAUAACCUAGUUCCACCACCUGGUCCAUUUACGUUGGGAAAUACUGCAUCGCUGUGUCAAGAAAGCACUCAGGAUAAACAAGCCUUGUACAAGCAGCUGGUACAAAGUUUUAAAUGGACUGAUAAAGUUCACGAAUACAGUAUUGUGGCUGGAAGUCUACUGAGUCAUAACACCCUUAAACGAUCCUAUACCAAUUCUAGCAGUGCAAAACGCAGAAGAAUUCAACCUAGCAGUCAUAAUGUACCGCCCCAGUCACCCUUGGUAGAGUUCUACAGGCUGUUAUUGCUUUCAAAGGAUUAAUGAUUGAGUGGGUUAUGAUCAAAGGUUUUGGGGAACAAUUGGACCUAUGGACGGAAUCAAGACAUAAAGUGUUCCGCAAAGUCACAGAGAAUGCUCACGCCGCCAUGCUUCACUUCUACUCUCCAACGCUGCCUGAUCUUGCCGUCCGGUCUUUCAUGACAUGGUUUCAUAGUUACAUAACUUUAUUCAGUGAUCCAUGCAGGCGUUGCAGCAACCACCUUCACAACUCUUUGCCCCCAACAUGGAGAGAUUUCCGUUCCCUUGACCCCUUCCAUGAAGAGUGUAAGCAGUGAGGCACAGGUUGCCUAGCAUCCAGUUUCUCAUUUAGAAGCUAUUACUCUGAGACCCUGUGCCUGUGACGCUGUAGAACAUAUUAUUGUCCAUGUCCACAUUUUUACAGUAAUUGAUUUUCAAUCUGAUCCUCUCAUUUUUAUUACUUAGUGCAAUUUGUUAAGUUGUGUGUAUAUUGUGUUAAAUAAAAGGGAUAAGAAAUAUAA